AUGAACCCCGCAAAGCAGGACUUCAUCCUCGAGAAACAUGUUUUCAAAAUGAUGGAGAUUGAGACAGCCAGCGCAUGUGAAGUGAACUGCUUCAUGGAAGCUGACUGUGUUUCCUACAAUCUAAAACCACAACAGAAUGGAAAACUUUUGUGCGAAUUGAGUGAUUCAGAUCACAUAAAUAAUCACCAGGGUCUAAGAUACAAAAAAGGGACUGUUUACAAAUCAUUUAAGGUGAGUUGACGUAUCCUCACUAGUCAUUCCAUUGAUUUUUGUCGAUAAAGCGAUUAUGUAUCUUAAGUGCACGAAAAGAGAAAAUCAAAAGAAAAUAAGAGAUAUUUGAAUUUUUUUUCUUCUCGUGUUGUCUGGUGAAGGAAACCGCACGUUCAAACUUUCUUUCCUAUAGAAAGAAAAGAUAAUGCAAAGGUUGGAUGAAUACAGGAGUGUAUGAAUGUGUAAAUGCAUGCAUGCAUUCGCACAUGUAUGGGUUGGUGGAUGUAUGCGUCCAUCUUGAAAUAAGUUAAUAAAUAAAUGGGUGAAUCUGUGUGGAUGGAUUAGCUGAAAGAAAGGAAGAAGCUGAGUACCAGAGCAAUAGAUUCUAUAAAUAUGUUUAUAUCUUCCUAGAACCGCUGUCCCAAUGCGCUUUGUCCAUCAACAAAGCGAUGCCAAACUGGUUUCACCAAGAAGGGUUAUCGUUGUGUUUGCGCAAAUGGACUACUGGGAGAAAAAUGCACUGAAGGUAUGUUGAGUUGAUAGAUUUUAGUAUCAUUCAUGUAUUUACAAGUUACAGAGUCUGAAAUAACAUUAACAACUGAGCUUCAGGGGUGCAUUGGCGUGAUCAUUGACAAUAAUCGUGCAUUUCUCUUCUAGAAGUCGUUAAGUUUGGAGGAUCUUUGAAUUUAAAUAAAUAAAUAAUUUUUAAGGUAUCAGAGGGAGAAUAGGGGCGUGAGGGAGAAAGCUAUGCCACAUAAUUAUAUAUGAGGUCUUAAAUUGCUUUUUCGGUCUUAAAUUGCUGGGAUGGACAAGGAAUUCCUGCAAAGGACCUCUCUUGGCCUCUUGCUUUUAGUGAUCGACUGAUAUAACGUAAAAUGAAGCUGACUGCAUAAAAGUCUUCGUCAUAGGACGACGGUUACUAUCUAAAUGAUGGUCUUGAUCAAUACAUUAAUGACACUAUUUACGUUAUUCCCAUGGAUUAUUAUCAUUUUGGUGUUCUAGGACCGCCUUUGGUGGAAGCUGUUCCAGAAAUAAUUGAAACCGUCGAGGGUAGGAACGUUAUCGCAAUGUGUAACGUGACAGGUAAUCCUAGACCAAAUAGGAUCACAUGGAAAAGGUCUGAUGGAACUCUUUCCAGCGCGAGGACCAUUGUUAGUGAAGGAAAUCUCACCAUCCUGAAUAUCACUGCACGAGACAACGGCUCUUACGUGUGUACUGCAGCAAACCCUUGGGGUCACAACUCAUCGUCAGUUAUCCUUCAUGUUUAUUCAAGUCUCAAAUUUGUCAUAAAGCCUCCGUCCAAUGUGACGGUGAAGGCUUCUGAAGAGCUCAUCCUGCCUUGCUCUACAUCAAGCGACCUGAAGCCAACGAUCCUGUGGAUGUAUGAUGGAACUUUCUCCUUACCUUCAGGGACGCUUGUUGACUCCUCCUUGAAUGCUUUAAUCAUUUUCUCUGCUAACAUAUCUCAUUCUGGUACCUACACUUGCGAUGUGACUGACGCAUUCAGCUCAAUUCAAACUAGUGUCAUCGUUUAUGUCAAAUACCCUGAAACCUGCACCAAAGUGAAGGCAAACAUCAGCGACGUCAGUGGUGAUUACCUCAUCGAUCUUGACGGUGUUCUUGGCGAGGAUCCAUUCCCUGUUUACUGUAACAUGACUGACAAAAGAGGCGUUGGAGUGACAGUCGUCAGUCACGACAUGGAAAACAGAACGCAGGUGAAAGGAUACGAAAAGCGCGGUGAAUAUUCCGUUGAUGUUCAUUACAGAUCUGCCAGCAUAUCUCAGUUAAAAGCUCUGACGGAAGCCUCUGAUAACUGUCAACAGUUCAUCAAAUACGAAUGUUUCCACGCCAAAUUAAUUAAAUAUGGAUAUUCAUGGUGGGUUUCACGUGACGGCCAGAACAUGAUGUACUGGGGGGGAGCAAACCUAACAACUGGUGGCUGCGCAUGUGGUGUAACUAGAUCGUGCGCCGAUGACCAAUCACUGAAGUGUAAUUGUGAUAAAAAUGAUAAGAAUUGGCGGGAAGACAGCGGGUUUCUUACCAAUAAGUCCCACCUUCCCGUCAAACAGCUAAGAUUUGGUGACACGGGACAGGCAGAACUUCAUGAAGAAGGAUACCACACCUUGGGAAAACUAGAGUGCUAUGGCAUGACCUAG